AUGGAUCGGUGGAUUGCAACAGGUUCUCUGAAAAGAAAAGAGGCAGAGGUCAAUAAUGAACAGAUUGACAGUGAGUCGGAAGCAUCUACGAGUCAGAUGCCUCAUAAAAAAACACAAAAAAGGAGGGUGAAGAGAAAAUACUAUGAAAGCUACUUGGCAUUAGGUUUCAGCUACACUGGACCCGAAGAAGAGCCGUUGCCCGUUUGCGUUUGUUGCUACGAGUCACUGGCUAACGAGAGCAUGAAACCAUCAAAUCUUCGCCGGCAUCUAGAAACCAGGCAUGGGGAAUUUAAUUCCAAGCCAGUCGAGUUUUUCAAAAGCAAGCUCCAGGAAUACCGUACAAGCAAAAAAGUAAUCGAAUCAACAUCUGCAGGUGGCGCUACUGCUAAAGCAGUGGAAGUCUCGUACCAGGUGUCCCGAAUCAUAGUGAAAAAAGGGAUGCCACAUACACUCGGGGAGGAUGUGGUGCUACCAGCAAUUAAAGAGACUGUAGGUAUCAUGCUGGGUGACAAAGCACGAAAAUUAAUGGACUUAAUUCCUUUAUCAGACAACACUGUGCAGCGCAGAAUUGAGGAGAUGGCUAGCAAUGUGAAUGACCAGCUAAUAUCGCGGAUCAAAGCCAGUCGAUCUUUUGCUCUUCAGCUGGACGAAUCCACGGACAUAGCGAACCUUGCCAACCUGCUCGCUUACGUAAGGUAUGAAUACAACGGAGAAAUAGAGGAGGAAUUUCUCUUUUGUAAACCUUUGCAGACACGCACAACCGCAGAGGCACUUUUUGACAUGUUGAACAGUUUCAUCACAGAACAUGAGAUUGAUUGGUCAAGAUGCGUGGGAAUAAGCACAGACGGGGCAGCCGCCAUGGUAGGGCAACACAGCGGUCUUGUUAAACGUGUGCAAGCGGUUGCUCCGCAAGCGAAAUCUAUCCACUGCUGCAUCCACAGAGAGGCUCUCGCUGCCAAAAGAAUACCACCUGAUCUCAAAACUGUUCUGGAUGAAGCAGUAAAAACUGUCAAUUUUAUCAAGGCCCGCCCACUGAAUUCAAGACUGUUUUCAGUUUUAUGUAACGAGAUGGGCAGUGAGCAUCGACAAUUGCUUCUCCAUACCGAGGUCCGUUGGCUUUCAAGAGGUAAGGUGCUUGUACGGCUUUAUGAGUUGCGAGAUGAGGUGAGACUGUUUCUACUUGACACCAAGUUCGACCUUUCUGAUCGAUUCAAUAAUGCAGACUGGCUUGCCAAGUUGGCAUAUCUGUCGGACAUUUUUGAGCACUUAAAUGGACUAAAUAGGAGCCUACAGGGGAAGGCGGUUACUCUUUUUCAAACGCAAGACAAAGUUGAAGCCGUAAUUAAGAAGAUGGGGAUGUGGGAAAGGCGCGUGAAGGAGGCAAACUAUGAAUCAUUUCCAAAUCUUUCUGAUUUUUUAGACAGCUCAGACACUCAUCUUUCAAGUUCUGUGCAAUAUGAUAUCGGACAGCACCUGCUGAAAUCUCAGCUACGGAUUUAUUUCCCAAUCCCCGACACAACAGCGAAUUGGAUAAGAAAUCCGUUUGCAACCCUGGAUGACUACAUCCUGACAAACCUCACCUCCAGAGAGCAAGACUGCUUGGCCGAACUGUCCUGUGACAGUGCUUUAAAAAUUGACUUUUCUGAGAAAAGCCUGCCAGCUUUUUGGCUGAAAGUUGCCACAGAAUACCCAGAGCUGUCCGACAAAGCCAUGAAGUGGCUUGUGCCUUUUCCAACAACUUAUCUCUGUGAAUCAGGAUUUUCAUCCCUGGUCAUGUUGAAGACAAAAUAUCGGAACAGACUUAAUAUUGAACCAGACCUCAGAAUGAGGCUGUCAUCACUGGAACCUGACAUCCAGAAAUUAACGUCUGCAAAGCAACAUCAUCCAUCUCAUUAG